AAAUUGGAAUUGAAUCAACGCGAAAUUGGCAUAUUAUACGUAAAUUUUUUUUUUUUUCAGGCAUUCGAAGUACGAAUCGAAAAGGAAUAUAAGGUCUUCAGAUUUGAAUUCGUUUCUGAUGAAGAUAUCAAUGGUAGCGAAUACCACCAAUGGCUAAAAACGCAUAUAGAUACCAAAGACCCUUUUCCAACCAAAGAACUGGUAAAACAAAAACAAAGAGAUAUAAGGGGCGGUAUGACAUAUGAAUACAACCCCCAAGAAAUUGAAAGAGCUAUCAAGGAAAGGGAUAGAUUUUUACCGAAAACCACACAAUAUACGAAUAAUGAGGAGCAUAUUUGCAAAAGAAAAAGAAGCAGCAAUAAAAAAAAAAGAUUACGACAGGGCCAAUCAAUUGGACAUUAGGUUGGAUGAGUUGGAUCAAAUGUGGAGGAAUCUUGAAGAAGCCGCUAUUGCGCAGAAACACGCGGCGAAUAACGCAGAAGAGGCUUUUGAUCCUUUCACAAGACGUCCCACAAGACCUGCACCAAGAGUGGUACCUAAACCACCACCACAACCAAGAACGGCAGAAAGCAAUGGUCCUUUUAAAGAUCAUUUGAACAUUGGAUACAAUAUCAAAAUGGCCCCUCAACCAGCAUUACCAGUGGGAGCUGUUAGGGAGGCGCCGAGACCAGAGGGGAGAAUUUUAGUACCAAAAAGGACCCACAACCUCGAAUCUCACGAGAUGGAAGGAUAAAGAAAACUUUGAAGUACCACCUCCAUAAUUUUCGAUGAUAAUGUAUAUAUGUAUAUAAUACUUUUGUAAAUUGAAUAUUCCCAAGAGAAGUUCAUUAUUUCAGUGAAGAGUUGAUUAGUUGAUUGUACAUAAAAAAUCAUGAUUGUAUUAUAUAUGAUAAGAUUAAUAUUAUGGUUUUCAAUUCUUCUGCCGCAUUUGUGGAAAAAUUGAAUUCAGUAAUAUUUUGUAUGUAUUAUUUUUUGUAUAUGUUUUUUUGUAAAUUUAUAAAUACAUGUAAAUAUGCUUCCUA